CUUGACGUUGAGCCGGUAUUCGAAGAAUAUCCUCAUCUCUUAUUGCCAACAAAUCUGUUUACAAAUUUAAGAAGAAGACCAUUAUUCUACAGUGCGCCCUUUUGCGACGCGUCAAUGUUACGGUGGUGAAGGACCACGAGGCGCUGGUUGAGCGUUGCCAUUCGUUAUAUCCACGAAAUACAAUUACUAUGACUGAGCCUCAGUGUCUACCAAAUCGAUUCCCUUGUUGGGUGAGGGCGACGUACAGUUGGGGAGGAGAGACCAAACGCGAUCUUGGUUUCGUUGAGGGAGAUCUUAUAGAAUGUCUAAAUGCUGGUGAUGGAUCAUGGUGGAUGGGAAGGCUAUGGAGAGACAAGAGGAUGAUGGGUCUAUUUCCUUCGAAUUUUGUCAUGGUUCUCGACGACAACUUUCGACCAGCCAGCAGAGCGUCCAGCCCUAUGCCACAACGCUCUCCAAGCACGAGUCCAUUCAAUAACCCCCAAGCGCCCCAGAAGACCAAGACGAAAGCCUUUCGAAAACCUUUCACGGCAUAUGCAGCACCAGAUGCUGGGCUUGAGAAGCGUACACAAAUCCAAAAACAAGAGAGCUUGUCUCGAGGGCCCUCCCCCGCUCCUAGAGGCGGGGUUCACAGCAAUAUCCAACGAGUACCAUCACCACAAUUCCAUGGCUAUGGAUCUCGAGCUCCCUCUCCUGCACCUCCAAUGCAUCACGGAUAUGGAUCUCGCGCACCAUCGCCAGCUCCUCCUAUGCAUCAUGGCUACGGUUCCAGAGCACCCUCUCUUGCUCCAUCUUUCCAAUACCAUAACCAACCACGAGCUGCGUCUCCCAGCCCACAAUUUGACAUAGGCUCCUCUCCACCACCUCCACCCCCGCCACAUCGAACUACAUAUACUCCACACGGAGCGAACAGUUCCUACAACCAACAUCCCAGUGGGUACCAUACUCCUCGUGCAGCUUCUCCAUGUCCACCAUCUCCAGCGGGCGGUAUGACUCCGUCGCCGCUCAGAGAUGCUAUGGACGAUGUUAUGUCCUCCUUAGCAGGUAUGGGAAUGUCGAGAGACAAGAAAUCACCGUCGCCUCCGUUGAAUCCUUGGUCACCGGAAGCUUUUGAUCAGACAUACAUCCAGGCCAAACGUCGAGGUCCCGUACGCCCCAAUACGGCAAUUGGGAUUGCACAUCAGGAUGAUUUUGAUGGCGAUGAAGAGGAGGAGUCACCAUACAAGGGGAGCUCGAAUUCCCGAUAUGGUGACCAGCCUCCACAACUGAGCAAUUAUGUCAGGAGAAUGGAAUAUCGACUAAACAUGAUGCACAAUGGCAAACCAAUACCCAUGCCUCCACCAGAUGACAAUGAUGAUGUUGGGCCUGCUGUUCCAUCCAAGGGCGCAUACGCUCGACCACAAUCCUCUAUGGCUGGCUCUUCACCGGCAGACCCGAAAUUAAGGCACCGGAAAUCUGCUUUUGAAGUAGGACGUUCCAUGCUUGGGAGAACAUUCACAACCAAAACCAACUCCACCACAUCUUCUUCUGGCAACAAGAGUACGACUACCAACGGCAGCACGAGUACAACCGCAACAGACCGAAGUCUCAUGAGUGGCGCCUCAGCAAGUGGCAUGUCGUAUACAAGUGCGGGGAGUUUGGCUAGGAAGAAGGAGGCCUUGAAUGGUCGAGCUCAGAGUGCCAUGGGCUCACGGAGAGACCCAUUCAUGGAGCUUAAUGGCAGUCAAGCAGAUUUCGGAGGCAGUGUAGCUGGGAUAUCAUAUCACAGCAGUCAUGCAUCUGGGCAAUCCCGAACCCAAUCUCAGGCUGGAUUUCGCGAUGAGUCGGGCAGCAUGCUUGGUGGUCUUGUUGCUCCGAAAGCCAAGAAGAGUGGAUUCUUCAAGAAGAUUAUCGAGACAGCGAAGACUGGAGCGGCAAGCGCUAGGAGCACAAUUGCUUCAGGAGAAUCGCCAAGACCAGGCACCUCCUCCCACAUGUCAAAUGGGAUCACUGGUAUUGGCGGUGGUGGCUUCAGUAAUACUACUCCUAGCAAUGCGGCAAGUGAUAUGGGUCUCGGUGGGAGUGGGAACGGGAACGGAAACGACUGGGUUCAAGUUCGACGAGACGUCAAUCGAUCCAAUUCCUUAAGUCGCAUUGAGCUUGUUGAGAGAAAGGAGAGGUGUAUGAUGAUGGACCACCCUGCAAUCAGCCCUGUCGAGGAACUCUAUGAGAUAUGUGAUGGCGAUGAAGGAGCGAAUGGGCACCCGGUGACGGAGCCUACAAACUUCCAGGCUGUAAAUCUCAGCCUCGUGGACAAGAACGCAAGAUUCAUCAACAGCUUGCCGCCUAUGACGAAUCCUGUCAGCUUGGCUACAGGCUUCGUCUGCAGACCAUAUCGAAGUGACGUUCAGAGACUCAGAGCAAUAUUCACAUGGGUCAGCGAGAAGGUCACUUGGGAGGAGGAUUUCGAAGCAGAGAUCGAUCCGAGACGAGUCAUACAAACUAAGCGAGGUUGUGCCGAAGAAGUUGCUAUACUUGUCGCCGAGAUGUGUGUCUCUGUUGGUGUUCACUGCGAAAUCAUCCGAGGAUAUCUCAAGACUCCGGGUGAGGUUCCAGAGCUCUCGAUCAUGCCCCGUUCCAACCAUUGGUGGAACGCCGUUGUCGUUGAUGGGGAAUGGAGGAUCAUGGAUUGUUCACUUGCUUCUCCAUCUCAUCCUCGUCGAGGAUUGUACUCCAGUGCUAGCUCACAAUGUGCAGAAAGUUGGUACUUUCUGGCGCGGCCGGUUGAGAUUUGUUGGACACAUAUCCCAGAAAAGCAUCAACAUCAGCACAUUUGUCCACCAAUCGCUCACGAAAUUCUACUCGCUUUGCCAUGUGCCUGUCCUCCGUUCUUCAAGAACUAUCUUGAAAUGGUUGACUACGACACGAGUCUGAUUCGGAUUGAGGACUUGGAGCUGGUUCAGAUCAAAUUCACGGUCCCGGCCGAGGUGGAAUGCGCUGCCGAAGUUGAAGCAAAAGCUUUUGAGCGAGAUGCUGAUGGCGAUUUCUUCGAGAGUGGAGAGGUGGUGAAGAAGCGUGCUUUGUCACAAGUCGAGUGGAUUGGCGGUCAAAAGAGAUACACGGUCAAGGCUCUGCUGCCUGGUGACGAAGGGCAAGGUAUUCUCAAGAUCUAUGCAGGGCCACGAGGGUUGAUGCAAUCUAUCAGGGAUAUCCCACAUCCUCUCGCCUUUGCGUUACCUAUCAUUCAUACUGGAGAUAACCCACCCUACGAAUUCUUAACACGGCAUCCAACACCUCAUGCUCAGCGGCACGAUAUCUAUGUUGCACAACCACAGUGCCAACGGCUUGCUUGGAACAAUACCUUUGUCUUCGUAUUUCGACAGCAUCCAUCUUCAGUGGCUGUAGCUUCACCGAAUCCUGGUGGUACAUCGCCUAUUCCUUUCAUCCGUCCGAGUUCGGCAAUGUCGUUAAACAGUUCAUCUGCUUCCGGCUCAAAUCCAAGCACCAGUACGAGAAAACCAGCCAAAUUGGCUAUUCAAGCUCCAGGUGGCAAGGUUUUGAGACUGAUGAGAAAGGACGAUAAGAUGCAGCAGAGUACAGGGCAGGGUGUUGAGAAAGGAGAUGGCGGCACUUGGGAGACCAUUAUUAAGGUUGGAGAACGAGGAGUUUGGAGAGGAUUAGUCUUGGCGGACAGGAGUGCGAGAUGGUGUGUUUUUGCGGAGUGGACUUGUGUCUGAUUGAGUCUCUGAGUAUCGAGCUGUUUAUGGGCAGCGUUGGAUCCGAACGAAGAGUACGGGAUAUUCUGGGGGAGUUCUGAGGAGAUGAAUGCAUUUGCUUGGCGUUUUUCUGGUGGACUUUCUGGUUGGCCAUGUGGAAGACAUGCAGGGCACUUGUACAGUAGAUAGAUGCAUUUGUGUCAGCGUUGUUGAGUUUUAAGAUGUAGGAUUAGGGUAGGCGUAGGUGAUCCAUGCGGAGUCGAUAGGAAUACGUGGAGUUGAAACAAUUGAAAAGUAAUCUUACCUUUCCC